GAUACACAACCGUUGCGCGAAUCAAAAUGGCGACACAUCGGAGACGGAGGGCAGAGCUGCAACCCUCGAAUUAGUUAUAUCAAGCGAUGGAUGUAAACUGUGAAGAAGUAGCUUGGCGAAAUAAGAAUUUUUCCAAAUUGUAACUGUGACUGUUUUUUUGUGUAAAUUCCCGCUUAAAUUCAGAAAGUGAACCACGACAGAGCAACUUUACCCAGUCAGCAUGGCAGAGGAGAGACGGCAGAAGCAGUGCUCAGUGGUCCUGCCCACAGAGUCCAUGAAGGCCAUGGCAGAGUCUGUGGGAGUGGGGCAGCUACAGGAGGAGAGCUGUGUCGCCCUGAGUGAGGAGGUCAGCUAUAGAAUAAAGGAAAUUGCUCAGGAUGCUCUAAAGUUCAUGCACCAUGGGAAGAGACGUAAAUUAACCACCAGUGACAUAGAUAAUGCUCUCAAGCUCAAGAAUGUGGAGCCCCUGUAUGGCUUCCAGUCACAGGAGUUUAUCCCGUUCCGCUUUGCCAGUGGUGGUGGGAGGGAGCUUCAUUUCUACGAGGAAAAGGAAGUGGACCUCAGUGACAUCAUCAACACGCCACUUCCCAGAGUUCCCCUAGACGUUUCUCUCAAAGCCCAUUGGUUAAGUAUUGAGGGGGUGCAGCCUGCUAUACCAGAAAAUCCCCCACCAGCACCAAAAGAGCAGCAGAAAACUGAAUCUACAGAGCCGCUCAAACUGGUCAAGCCUGGUCAGGAGGAGGAAAGUACAAUUCAGGGCAAGAAUCAGGGAGCAACGGCUGCUGAUGGUAAAGGAAAGGAGAAAGGUCUGAUGAGGUUGAAGCCGCGCAGCACUCAUGAACUCUCUGUGGAGCAGCAGCUCUACUACAAGGAAAUCACAGAGGCUUGUGUCGGCUCCUGUGAAGCCAAGAGGGCUGAGGCUCUGCAGAGUAUUGCGACAGACCCUGGACUAUAUCAGAUGCUUCCAAGAUUCAGCACUUUCAUUUCUGAAGGGGUGCGUGUAAAUGUGGUUCAAAACAACCUGGCUCUGCUGAUUUACCUGAUGCGGAUGGUCAAAGCUCUAAUGGACAACCCCACACUCUACCUGGAGAAAUAUCUGCAUGAGCUCAUCCCGGCUGUGGUGACGUGUAUCGUGAGUAAGCAGCUGUGUUUACGGCCAGAUGUUGACAACCACUGGGCCCUCCGGGACUUCGCUGCUCGUCUCAUGGCUCAGAGUUGUAAAACCUUCAGCACCACAACCAACAACAUCCAGUCCCGCAUAACCAAGACCUUUACUAAGAGUUGGCUGGAUGACAAAACCCAGUGGACGACGCGUUAUGGCUGCAUCGCUGGACUCUCUGAACUUGGACCUGAUGUGAUUAAGACGUUGAUCCUUCCUCGGCUUGCUGUAGAGGGCGCUCGCAUCAAAGCAGUGAUGGAAGGACCGGUGGUCUCCAAUAUUGAUAAGAUAGGAGCUGACCAUGUUCAAAGCCUCUUACUGAAACACUGUGCCAGUGUUAUUGCCAAGACUCGACCUCUUCCUGACAAUGUGGAGCAGUAUCGGACAGACUAUGGCUACCUUGGGCCCAUGCUUUGUUCCCAUGUAGUGAAGGCCAGGACCCAAGCAGCUCUGCAGGCCCAGCAAGUCAACAGAACCACAUUAACAAUAACACAGCCUCGCCCCACCCUCUCCGUCUCACAAAGCGGGCUAAGUGGAUCAGGAGGGCCUCGAACUCCGAGCAUCAUUAAGGUUCCCAGCUCUCUCACCCUGAUGUCCCCUCGACCAGGGACCCCAUCACAGCCUUCCCCCCCUGCGACAAAAUAUAUUGUCAUGGCAACCAGUGCGGGAGCAGCCUCGACUCAGCAGGUUAUCACCCUUAGCUCUUCCCAGUCAGCCUCCCCAGUCACGAGCACUGUUCCCAGUGCCACUUCCACCUUGCAGCCUCUCGUAAAACUGGAGUCUAGUGCGGGCCCUGGCUUGACAGGCUCACGACCCCUGCAGAAGUACAUAGUGGUGUCUCUGCCCUCAUCUGCCUCCUCCUCCCUGGAGAGUAAGAGCUCUGUGCUUCCGACCCCCAUCACCUCAACCUCUUUAGAAGCAGGGAUGAAGAUGGACCGUUCCGAGUCUCCUGGAGCAAGCACCCAGUCGCCACACUGAGACUGGAGUUUUACCGUGCUGAGGAGGCUGGGUGGGGUUGAACCUAGAGGGCUGAACUCUGUCAAGGGGAAAAUAUGAACACACGACUGAUGAAGAGGGGCUGUGACUAAAAAUAUGUAAAUAUGUUCAUGCUCAAAGAAACCUGAGGGUAUCACUCUGACGUUUGUAAUGGUUCAACUGAUAUUCUAAUUGAUUUCAUGUUCCUUUUUUACUCUAAAAUAAAUCAGAUUUUGUAAGGA